UCAGCUAGUAAAAAACUCCGUUCACCUUCUGCCUCUGUGUCUUUCCAAACUUCCAAAAAAACACAGCACUCCCAAUCUCUUCAACUUCAAGAUCUCUCUCUCUCUCUCCUCUUUCUCUUUCUCUUUCUCUCUCUCUCUCUCCCAUCACAUCUUCUCAACAACACUAUCAAGAACUUCAAAAAAAAGGGAAAAACCCAACAAUGGCGAAGCCACCAAACCCCCCCAUACACCACCGCCACCACCUCCUCCUCCUCUUCCUCCUCUCUCUCCUCCCCCUCCCCCUCUCCUCCGCCGACGACUCCGCCGCCAUGACCGAACUCGCCUCCGCCCUCUCCCCCACCCCGACCGGCUGGACCGGCACCAUCCCCUGCUCCUGGACCGGCGUCAACUGCGACGCCUCCAACCGCGUCACCUCCAUCAACCUCGCCUCCCAGUCCCUCUCCGGCACCCUCCCCUCCUCUCUCUCCUCCCUCUCUCACCUCCAAACCCUAACCCUCCAGCGCAACUCCCUCUCCGGCCCCCUCCCCUCCCUCUCCAACCUCACCUCCCUCCAGCAGCUCUACCUCGACUCCAACAACUUCACCUCCGUCCCCUCCGCCGCCUUCUCCGGGCUCACCAACCUCCAAACACUAUCCAUGUCCGACAACCCCAGCCUCGCCCCGUGGACCAUCCCCGCCGAUUUGACCCAGUCCGCCAGCCUCGGCACCUUCUACGCCAGCAAUGCCAACAUAUUCGGUUCCAUACCGGACUUCUUCGAUUCCUUCCCCAAUUUGCAGAGCCUCCGGCUGUCGUACAACAACCUCACCGGCCCGCUGCCGUCGUCGUUUUCCGGGUCGGAAAUCACCAACCUCUGGCUCAACAAUCAGUUGCAGGGUUUGUCCGGGAGCAUAGACUUGCUCUCGGGUAUGACCCAGCUCUACCAAGUUUGGCUCCACGGGAACUCGUUCACCGGGCCGGUGCCCGAUUUGUCUAACUGCACUAACCUGUUUGAUUUGCAGCUGAGAGACAACCAGUUCACGGGGGUUCUGCCCGCGUCGUUGAUGGCUUUGCCCAAACUGGCUAACAUUUCUUUGCAGAACAACGUGUUGCAGGGUCCGUUUCCGGCUUUCGGAUCCAAUGUGACGGUUACUCUCGGGAGUACGAAUGGUUUUUGCAAGAGCAGUCCGGGUCCUUGUGAUCCCCAAGUGACUGCUCUCCUUGCUGUUGCCGGGGCUAUUGGGUAUCCGAUUAGUUUGGCUCAGUCUUGGGUGGGAAACGACGCUUGUUCUCAAUGGACAUUCAUCACCUGCGAUUCGCAGGGCAACGUUACGGUUGUCAACUUCGGGAAGCAACGGUUUUCGGGUACGAUUUCGCCUGCUUUCGCGAAUCUGACUACGCUAAAGAGUUUGUAUUUGAAUGACAAUAAUCUGACGGGUUCGAUUCCAUAUAGCUUGACUAGUUUGUCUCAGCUUCAGGUUCUUGAUGUGUCUAAUAAUAAUCUUAGUGGAGUAGUACCUGUUUUCCCAUCAACUGUGAAGUUUACUAGUGUUGGUAAUUUGUUACUUGGGAAGGAUAUAUCGAGUGGUUCGGGGUCUGGAUCAAAUUCCUCCACGUCCGGAGGGAAAUCAGGGGGGUCUUCUGUUUCGGCAGGUUUGAUCUCCGGAGUGGUGAUUGCUGUUGUGGUUUUUUUCGGGGUUGUGUCAUUUGUGUCUUACAAGUACUAUCUGAAGAAACGGCACCAGAGGUUGGGGAGGGUUGAUGGUUCCGAAGUAGCGUCAGAAAUGGUGAAGUCUGUGGCAGUGAGUGAUGUGAAUGGGCACGUACAUAGGCAUGGGGGAGGAGUCCCCAGUGAGUUACACAGUCAGAGCAGUGGCGAUCAUGGCGAAAUGCCUGUUUUCGAAGGAGGGAAUGUUGUGAUUUCUAUCCAAGUGCUUCGUCAGGUGACAAACAACUUUAGUGAAGAAAAUAUCUUGGGCAGAGGAGGAUUUGGAGUUGUUUACGGAGGGGAAUUGCAUGAUGGGACUAAGAUUGCUGUGAAGAGGAUGGAGUCUGGUGCAAUGGGCACAAAAGGAAUGAAUGAGUUCCAAGCAGAAAUCGGAGUCUUAACAAAAGUUAGGCAUAGGCAUUUGGUUGCUCUUCUAGGUUAUUGUAUCAACGGCAAUGAGAGACUUUUGGUUUAUGAGUAUAUGCCACAGGGGACUUUGGCCCAGCAUCUGUUUGAGUGGCGUGAACUUGGGUACUCUCCUCUUACUUGGAAGCAGAGGGUCACUAUAGCAUUGGAUAUGGCUAGAGGAGUUGAGUAUCUACACGGCUUAGCACAACAGAGUUUCAUCCAUAGAGAUUUGAAACCUUCUAACAUUCUUCUUGGGGACGACAUGAGAGCCAAGGUUGCAGAUUUUGGUUUGGUGAAGAACGCACCGGAUGGCAAGUAUUCACUUGAGACGCGGUUGGCAGGAACUUUUGGGUAUCUAGCACCUGAAUAUGCUGCUACAGGGAGAGUAACUACAAAAGUGGAUGUGUAUGCAUUCGGAGUAGUUCUAAUGGAGAUUGUCACUGGAAGGAAAGCACUCGACGAAACCAUGCCCGAUGAGAGGUCUCAUUUAGUCACAUGGUUCCGAAGGGUCCUAAUCAACAAAGAAAGCAUCCGAAAGGCAAUUGACCAAACUCUUGAGCCCGACGAUGAGACUUUUGAUAGCAUUUGCAAGGUUGCCGAGCUGGCAGGUCACUGCACCGCUCGCGAGCCAUUUCAGAGACCAGAUAUGGGCCAUGCUGUUAACGUUUUGGGUCCUCUUGUGGAGCAGUGGAAACCCUCCUCGCACGAAGAGGAAGAAAGCCUUGGCAUUGACCUCCACAUGAGCCUUCCCCAAGCCCUUCAAAGGUGGCAAUCUGAUGAAGGUACUUCCACCAUGUUUAAUGAUCUGUCCUACAGCGGGACCCAUUCGAGCAUUCCCACAAAGCCUUCUGGGUUUGCUGACACGUUUGAUUCAAUGGAUUGCCGAUGAUGGAAAAUCUCAAGAUUUUUUUUUUUUCCCCACAAAGAUGAGGGUGUUUCAUCCAUGUGAAAGAAAAAGAGAUGAAGAAAAGGCAAGUCUCCGCAUUGUUUAGUCCUUUGGCACCAAAGUACACUGAGUGUUCUUAUGUCUCUGUUGUUUUAUUCUCUCUUUUCCUUUUUACAACUAUCAUGUAGAGUUCUGGUUGUUUAUGUUUGGAUUCUCUGAGCAGACUAGUCUUUUUGAUGGAGUUGAGGUGGAUGAUAGCGUGGGGUUGUGAUGGUUUGGGUUUUUAAACUACAAAGAGGAAAUCAGCAUAGGAAUUACAAUGAAUCUUGUUUUUGUAUCAGAUUCAUGUUUCUGUAUCGGAUUGUUUCAUUUUGUUGGCAUUGGAGGUUUAUAUUACUUUGAUUCUCUUU